GGUAACAUAAUGACGUUGUUACAUGUAGAUCUACCUCUUUGUUCAAUGGCAGUAACUCAGUCAGUAACUCAGUAACUCAGUAACUCAGUAUGUUUAUGCAAGGCGGUCGAGAUCAUGAGUAGACCUGAGCUGCAUUGUCUUUUUCUAUUCUGGCAGAACACUGUAGAGCGGUGCUAGCUACAUUUCCAUUGACUUUGUAGUCGUAGUCCUGAUCCACCCCCACGAAGUGAGGUCUGUUUUGUCCGUAUAUCUACGCAUCGUUCUCUUUAUGAUGAUGAAUGGAGAUGUGCGCUCCGCCAAUCCCCCGCUGUCACUUGACGACGACCAGAGCGAGAGUUUUAGCGUGUAUCGGCGCAACGUCAGCACCCCAGCGUUGAUGCCCGGCGAGGGCUACGCGCUAACACGAGAUGCCGGCGUCGAAUGGGUGGGAGAGGACUGCGAAUUUUCGAGUUCGUCACACUGGAACCAGGAGCAACAAGCGGCGUCCAUCAGUGCUGAGCCAGUGGAGGGGCUUAUUAGCCGGCCUGAACGACCCAAUGAGGGACUUGUGCGCCAAAAUACACGAGAAGCACUUUUGCUUCUUGUCGCUACGUUGGAGAAAGAAACAAGCUUAUCAACAACCGGCAGCAGCAGCACAAACGUCGGCGAGAAAUCCAACGAGGAAUCGACGUGUUCAAAUUUCGACAAGCAAGAUGUUCUCAAUGAUGCUGUUCACCACCCCGCUGAACACACACAUCAUGAAGCGAACGGACAAAGUCCAGGGCCAGCACCCCUGUCUUAUAACUCCAGUACAUCAUCGAAGAAAGACGUUCACUUGCAGCACGAGCGGGAGAUCGAGGAGGUGGAUUCGGGGCUCAUUCGGAUUGCCGAUUCAGCGCACGGAGCAAGCGACACCGGUGAUUUGGCUCGUAUGGGAAGUGUCCUAAACAAGGCUACAAGUGUGCCGGAAGAUGUAGGACGAAAGCAACAGCAACGGCCACUGCUAGCGGUAUCGCUGACCAGUGGUGGCCGCAGCGUGUCUCAGUUUAGUGUGCGUGCCACGCUCGGUGGCAAUGUGGACUUGAGCUGGCACCACGUCACCAUCACUCUGCCGAAGAAUGAACGUGCGAAGACACGCACCGAUAAAGUCAUACUCCACGACGUGAAUGGACGCGUGGAGGCCGGCAAUUUGAUGGCUCUGAUGGGUGCAAGCGGCGCUGGAAAGACGACCUUUCUCAAUUUCUUGUCGGGACGAUCAGCUAGCAUCCUUGAAACUGAAGGGACAUUAGCUAUAAACGGCAAGGCGGUGUCUACCAGUAGCAUUCGCCGCACGGCCGCGUACGUUCAGCAAAAGGACGUCUUCUUGCCCAACCUGACCGUCAAGGAACAUCUCAUGAUUCAGGCCAUGCUGAGAAUGGAUAACCGGCUGAGUGAAAAGGAACGAGAGGAACAUGUGGAUUCGGUCAUGGAGGAGAUUGGCCUGCAGGGUAUUGCAACGACCAGAAUUGGCCACCCAACCACUGGCGCGCGAGGCAUAUCCGGCGGAGAGGCGAAGAGACUGGCAUUUGCCGCAGAGGUGCUGACAGAUCCGCCGUUGCUAUUCGCCGAUGAGCCGACCUCGGGCCUGGACAGUUUUGCCGCCAACACGGUGAUUGCCAGCCUGAAGACGCUGGCGGAGAACGGACGCACCAUCAUCUGCACUAUACAUCAACCGCCCUCGGAAGUCUUCCUAAGAUUUCACAAGUUGCUGUUGUUUGCCGAGGGUCGAACAGCGUACCUGGGAAGUGUUGCAGGAGCACCGGCAGAGUUUGCGAGACUGGGUUUCGUCUGCCCAGCGGAUUACAACUACGCCGACUUCUACAUCAACACACUGUCCAUAGCACCCGGCGAGGAGGAGGAAAGUCGGGCCAGAGUCAAGGUUGUUACUGAUGCAUACAAGACCAAGGAGGAAGCAGCGGGCAUAGCCCAGGCACCGGAACAGGAUACUCGAGCAAUUGACAAAGCUGUGCAGGAGCUAUGUUGUACGCGAGGAGAGCCGUGGUACACUCAACUCUACUAUAUCAUGUGGAGGAGCUGGAUCAGCACCACUCGUGAAUUUCAAGUUGUAGUCGUUCAGCUUUUCCAGACAUUGGUCGUGGCGUUGCUGUUUAGUGGAGUCUUCUGGCAAAUUGACACCGGCAAUGGGCAGCCACGCGUUCAGAACUUUGUCGGUGCUACGAUGAUGAUUCUAACGAACGUGACCUUCACCAACCUGUACCCAGUUGUUAACGUAGUACCCAGCGAGACGGCGAUUCUGGUUCGCGACCAUGACAACAGCAUGUAUCGCACGUGGGUGUUCUUCGUCUCCAAGUUUCUUGCUGAUUUGCCAAUACCAUUUCUGUAUCUACUGGUCUACUGCUCAAUCACAUACUUCAUGAUUGGAUACCAAACUGACGUCGUCAAGUUUUUCAUCUUCGUUGGCAUCCUGGCAAUGCUGCUCAUGUGUGUCAAAGCACUCGGUUUCUUACUGUCUGCGAUUGCGUUCAACCAUGCUGACAAAGCGCUAGCACUGGUGGUACCGGCUACCAUACCUCUCAUGCUGUUCAGCGGUGCUUUCGUCAACCCUGAUAAUACACCGGUAUAUUUCAUUUGGCUGGAAUACAUUAGCUUCUUCAAGUACAGCUUUGAAGGAUUGCUCAUCAACGAAUUUGACAAUUACACUCUACCAGGAAACUGCACAGAACAAGCACUGAUCUGCUAUGAUGAUGGGAGUCAAGUUCUUGCGAGGCUGUCUCUCGGAGAGGGCAUCGAUCGGAUCCAGUGGGACGUGAUUAUCAUGGCUUGUCUAUUCGUGGGCUUUUCUACCCUGGCCUUCAUCACACUCACUCUACGACUACACUUCCUGAAGAGAUAGAGGGAAACCCCCUACUCGGCUGGCUAGCUGGACUUGUCAGGGUCGCCACUUGCCGAUGAUUGACGAUGUGUAAGGGACUUCCCCAUCUGCAGUGCCACACUGGCUAUUUCUGAUGUUCAAAGUGUCGCAGUUUACAUGUACAUGCACAUGUAUGUAGGAGUAGAGUGGUGUUGACUUAUCGCAUCAUGAUCGCAUGAGUUUAUGGGCAUGCACAUUUGCUGAUGGCCAGGUACGGUGGUGGCCUGGCACGAGCGAAACUUCUCUACUGUAAGCUGGUCUGUGUUUCUCCGACAACACAUUUUUUCCCUCAGCACAAUUGUACGCCGCUGGUAACGCGGAUGUACGAACCGUUUGCUUUUUACUUACAUCGGCUGGUUGUCUGCCAGCUCACUGGCUGGUGGCGACCGUUCCGAAUUCAAACCAGUCUGCAGAUGAUUUC